AUGGCCCAGGCCCUGCUGAUCAACAUGGCAGCUGGGAAGGGGGCCCCGCUGAGUCCAUCGACUGAAAAUAGAUGUAGGCUUAGUGAACCUGAGCAGGGUCGGGGCCGCAAGCCAGUGCUGCUGGAGAAAACAAACAGCCUAGGCUUUGAGACUACAGAGGGCAGCGGGGUCUGGGAUGCAGCCUGCACUGAGCUAGCACUGUCGGUGGCCCUGGGCAAGCCCAGACUGGGCAAGCCACUGGCCCGGAAGGUGCGUGGGGAACAGAGGCAGAGCGCCUUCACAGAGCUGCCGAGGCUCAAAGAGAGGCUGGGGGGCAGUCAGGUCCAGGACAGGGAGCAUGAUGACCCCGCAGGCCAGCCUGGCCCCCCACAGCUGACACAAGACAUCCCCAGGGACCCAGCCUGCAGCACAGUCUUCUCUGUGUGGCCCAGCAGAGACCGAGGUGAGCAGAGAAGUGCCUUCAGCAAACCAACUAAGCGACCAGCUGAGAGGCCUGAGCCAACCCCUGUCUUUCCUGGUAGUGAAUCUACAGAUGCCCUGGGGGAGCUGUCGGGACUCAUCAGCACAAUAGAUGUCCCUUGUUGGGGUCGACUUUCAACUCCCAAGCUUUUAGUCAGUGAUUUCUGGAACUUGCCCACAUUGCCACAGAAUGCUCCACUCUGCAGUGCUUUCCUGGGUGCCUCCACACUGUGGCUUGAGCAUGCCCAGGCACCGACACCCUCAUCAUCCUCCACCACCUCGUGGGCUCUUCUGCCACCCACCCUCACCUCCCUGGGCUUGUCCACCCAGAACUGGUGUGCAAAGUGCAACCUCUCCUUCCGCCUGACAUCUGACCUGGUCUUCCAUAUGCGGUCCCACCACAAAAAGGAGCGUCCAGGACCUGACCCACAUUCUAAGAAGCGGAGAGAAGAAGCCCUCAUCUGCCCUGUUUGCCAGGAGUACUUCCGGGAACGCCACCAUCUCUCCCGACACAUGACUUCUCACAGUUAG